UGUCCAACGUUGGAAUUGGAUUGAAUCGAAUCUUUUAGUACACUGACCAAAUCAUGAUCAGCAACACAGGGCGGCCACAGGCGCUGCUGCUGCUGGGACUGUUAAUCUGCGCCUACUCCUGCGGUAGCACCUGUGCCCGGCCCAGUGGAGUGAAACUGCAGUCGCAGUAUCUGCGUGCUAUCGGUGCCUAUCGUCGGCUGGAGCGCAGUUUGCCGCGCCAGGAGUUGCGUGCUCUGACCGGCUUGGGACUGCUUAACGGUGCCCGGCAGGCUGAGGAGCAAAUGGAGCAGCAUCUGGUGCAGGCAAUCAAGGAGUUGCUUCAGCAGUCUGCAGACAUUCAGCAGCACGACGCCAGCAUAUUGCCCAAGAUUGAUGCAAUUGAGCAGCAAAUGACACGCGAUCAGCGCUCUCUCAGCAUUUUGAGUAGUGCCAUGGAAGUGCUGAGCAAUGACAAGAAUGAGCAGCAGUUCCGGAAAGUGCUCAAGGAUCUACUCAGGCAGCAACAGCAAAAACAGCUGCAGCAGCAGCAGCAGAGUCUUGAUCUACAGCAAUCUGAAGAGCAGCCUGAGAGUGUGACUGAACGUCUGGGACAGCUCAGACUCAGCAUUAUGCAGCAGGUGCCACAAAUGAAAAGUCAAUUGGAUGCGAAAAUUGAGAGAGCCCUGGAUCAUCUUAUCAAAUACGCCACUGUCGACGGACCGCUUGCCAAGGCCAGUCACAAGAUGCUGCACAAGCGAUCAGCCAAUGAGCUAGAGCAAGAUCAACAGCCACAGCCAGAGCCAGAGCCUGCAGAGAAACAAGAUCCUGAGGAAAUGCGCGUCAUCAAAUCCAUAUUGUCGGAGGCCAAUCAAUUGAAUAUGCAGGAUGAUUUCCGGGAAAAUCUGGUUAUAGAACAGUAUGAGAAAAACGCCGGAACCAAAAGGCAAACUCAAGCAAAUGACGAACUCGAUGAGCUGGACAAUGCUUCGCAAAAUGUUACAGUUGAAACAACAACGAUAACCAAAGCCAGGCAGGACGACGAAGACAAAUCCACGGAGAUCGGUGGCGAUAACUUUGGCGAUGAGGGAAACGGUGGCAAUGGUGGCAAUGACGGCAAUGGCGGUGGUCUUGUUGGCAUCAUUGGAAGUUUAAGUGGCGGCGAGGGCGGCUCGGAUGUGGGUGCAUUGAUUGGAGCACUCACUGGUCUGAUAUCGACGCUUUUUGGCCCUGGUGGCUUGGAUAUUGAGGCAUUGAUCAGCACAGGCACAUCGCUGAUAUCGGGCCUGCUCUCUGGCAACAAGAACUUUGGCGUUGUGCUGGGUCAAUAUGUGGGCACAGCUUUUGAUGGCCUCUCUGGCGGUGGCGGAGCGAUCAACAAUGGACUAUUUGUGGGCAACUUUGUGGGCACCGUGUUGGCCGCAUUGAGUGCAGAUCCGGAGGAGGAAGGUCUGCCACAGCCAUUGACUUUUACAAAGAAUUUCCUCAGCGGUUUCCUUGAGUCUAAGUUCCGGCCCGUCGAAGCAUCCGAGGAGCGUCAUGGGAGCGCCGGAAAAAAGAAAAAAGAAUCGGCUGGCGGCGGCUUCGAUUCGGGCGGAUUUGUUAAGCAGAUUGCCUCGCAUCUGGUGAGCAGCGCCUUGGGUCUGUUACUAAAUGCAUCGCUGGGUGCCUCAGGCGGAGCCUCGCAUGCCUCUACUGGACUGUUCUCGAGCAGCAGCCAUCAUAUGAAGCCAGCCGUCCAUUAAACGCACUCAAAUCAUAAUUUCCUAUUUUUUUUUUGGUUUUUUUUUUUGUGAU